AUGACACCUUCCCCAGCAACCAACUUCACUCCCAGAGGCCCAGGCGGUUACUUCAUCGGCCAAGACGGGGGUCCACUCCCUGGCUAUGGCGAUACCAUCGGUAACACAGCCGCCUUCCUCGGACGCCGCUCGGUCCGCGAUACCUGGAUCGCUGUCUCCGUCCUCUGGAUCAUUUGGGCUAUGCUCUUUGUGGCUAGGCAGGCGUUCAGGUCGACACGAGUCUUUAACGCCCCGAGAGGCGAGCGAGUGGCCGCGACCAACGCCCCGGUAAGUGCCGAACAGGGACCCUACGAUGUCCAGGAUGGGUUGACCCCGAUGCCUGGCGGAGGCGCUGGUAACGGUACUGCUACCACUGGCGUUAGCGGCCACCGCGAAGUUGCCGGUAAUGGUACUGCUACCACUGGCGUUAGCGGCCACCACGGAGGUGCCGGUCGACAUGGUGGAUUCUUUUCGCGUGCUGUUGAUGAUGUCAGGGAUAGAAUCGAUCGGACCUACAAGCUCAUUCGGGACUUGACCUUGAUGCUCUUCCUCGUCGUCACCCUCAACACUUUUGGUCUUGGCUCGGGUACGCCGGUCCUGAUUCUCGCAUGGAUCUACCUGGCGAUCGCGUUGUUCUGGGCAGGACUGAUGAUGCUGAUCGAGAGUCGUGUGAUUGACCUGAUCCUGGGAACCCUCGAGAUGUUGCUCCUCCUUGGAAUCUUCAUUGCCAACUAUGUCGUCGGCUGGCUCGUACUCGACUAA